AUGGCAUAUAUGAGAACCUGGAAUGGUAUAUCUGAGACACUGGGUACAUUGUCGCGUUUAUUAGAGCCGGCGGCAUCUCGAGUAGGUUAUGACGAUCGAUCGACAGCGUCCCCCGGAUCACGAGUGAUAUCCAAAUGGAAAUGGAAAAAGCGAGCUGAUACUGGGACGUACGGGGAGUGGAAACUGCAAAGGAGUCUAAAAGGCCUAAGGCCACAGGCCAACGCCGGGACAUGGCCUGGCCGCCCCCGCAGUGGCCUUGCGGGGGCGAAGAAGAAUGGCCUUACGGACGUGUGGGAGAAAUUUGUUACCAAAGGUGUUUGUUGGGGAUGUGGAGGUGACUGGGGCUAUACCGGGGGGCUGAAGGUGGACAUUGACAGUUCGGAGUAUACGGGUUAUAGGUACUGUUACAAUAGGCCGGGGUACCGGCAGAGGGCGCGCUCCUGUGAGGACGCCCGGUUCAUACAUAUCAACUUCGUGCUGCUUGCCGAGGUCACACAUUUUGAAAAGCUCGCCGCCCGACCAGAACCAGGCCCGAGCGUACGGCGCGUAGCGUUCCGCGCGUGCCUUAAAGAGGCUAUAGGGCUGAUGUUCAGCCGAGGUUGCGGAGAAAGCGCAAUGAGGCACCGCGACCUCGGCCCAGAGCAGGAGAAGGAACAGGGGGAUCUUCAAUCAGAGAUCGAGACACACCGCGAUGUGUACGCGUCGCUCACAGGGACAGGGCGCCGGCUGCUCGGCUCCCUGUCUUCUCAGGAGGACGCUGUCAUGCUGCAGAGGAGACUGGAUGAGAUGAACCAGCGGUGGCAUCAUCUCAAAGCCAAGAGUAUGGCCAUCAGAAACCGGCUGGAAAGCAAUGCUGAGCACUGGUCAGCAUUGUUACUGUCACUGAGAGAGCUCACUGAGUGGGUUAUCAGGAAGGAGACAGAGCUCAACGCCCUCGCGCCUCCUCGGGGCGACCUGCCAGCUCUGCUCAAACAACAGGAUGACCACCGCGCGUUUAGGAGACAGCUCGAAGACAAACGGCCAGUCGUCGAGAGCAAUCUCCUGAGUGGCAGACAAUACAUCGCGAAUGAGCCUCCGCUGUCAGACACCAGCGACACUGAGGCGAGUCGCGAAAACGAAGGUGACUCCCGUGGGUACCGCUCAGCGGAGGAGCAGGCUCGUGAACUGGCCAGAUCCAUUAGGAGGGAGGUGGCUAAGUUGGCAGACAAGUGGAACUCACUGGUGGACCGCAGCGACGCCUGGGGUCGGUGCUUGGAUGAUGCUGUACAGGUUCGAUUCAUCGGUCAAAAUAUUAUUAGGACUUUCGCUUUGCCAAUAGACCACCACAGAUCCCCAUCUGUGGUGGUCUAUUAUCCCAACGGGACUGAUGUUCAGCUGGAGUUACGGGGAAGCACUGUAAGUUACCGCGGUUUCCGCCUGGAGCCGGCGAAGGAAGGGCCUCUUACACUCCCUCCCACCUUACUUAAGGAUGGCAAAAAGAAGAAGCCAACCCAAUUCAAAGGCAUCGUGGAGCCAAGAGCAACUAAACAGGGACAAAUAAUGAAACAACUACAUUAUGACAACCCCGUUCCUUCUAUUUCCAGCAUUGGUUAA